AUGGCCCAGAAACCGGUUGGUAGACAUGACACUUCGACGCAUGUUGACAAGACCAAGACCAAAUGUAUAAGGAUAAGAGACCUCAAAGACAUCCCUUACACGAUGGUAGCAGCGAUAGAUUUCGGUUCAACAUUUUCUGGGUAUGCUUUCUCUACUAAAUUCGAACACAACUUAAACCCAUUGAAAGUAUAUAACACGACAUGGACUGCCAAUUCAGGGAACUUGAUGUCUCUGAAGACAUCAAGCUGUAUUCUCUUUGAUAAAAGCCAGACAGUGAAUUCCUUUGGAUUUGAAGCUGAAGACAAAUAUGCUGAUUUAAUGCAGAAGAAUGAACACAAAGACUGGUUUUUCUUUCGUCGCUUCAAAAUGACGCUUUAUGAAGAAAAGGAGAUAUCCCGCAGUAUGAAGCUGAAAUCAAGCAAUGGGAAAGAGAUGACAGCUAUGAAGGUGUUUACAUGCUCCAUCCGGUUCCUCAAAGACCAUUUAUUAGACUCUUGCAAGAAUCGAGGUGUUGAUGUCAGCAUGUCAGAAAUACGUUGGGUCCUCACAAUACCUGCUAUCUGGAAUGAUCGUGCAAAGCAGUUUAUGAGGGAAUGUGCUGUACAGGCGGGCAUUCCAGGCCCCCAGCUAAUCAUGUCUCUCGAAGCUGAAGCCGCUGCGCUAUUCUGCAAAUAUCUACCUGUGACAGAAAUGGCCAAAGGUGAAGGAGGAAACGUCUCUGUGUUCAAGCCUGGGUCACAAUACUUAGUGUUAGAUGUUGGAGGUGGCACCGUAGACAUCACCGUACAUGAAGUACAGGACGACCUAAAACUAAAGGAGCUGUAUAUGGCAAAUGGAGGUGAAUGGGGUGGCAUAAUGGUCGACACAGAAUUUAUGAAACUACUUUCGGAGAUAUUGGGUGACCAGGUCGUCAAAAAAUUCAAAGAGGAAAACCAGGCAGACUAUUUAGAACUACAAAGAACAUUCGAAGUUAAGAAGCGAAGUAUUAGUUCGACACAGGGAUCUAAAAUAACAUUUGCACUCCCCAUUAGUCUUCUUGAUACCUUUGAACAGAUGAACCCCAACGUGGAUAUCUCACAAAGACUAAAAUCAAAAUUUGAUAAAGAUAUUACAUGGAAUUUGGAUAAGAUGCGGCUAGAUAAGAAUCUUGCAAAAAAAUUAUAUUCCAAAUCUGUGAAAACAAUUAUUGAUCAUAUAAGCGACCUUCUGCGUAAACCAGAAAUAGAACACAUCAAAGCCAUCCUUCUGGUAGGUGGCUACUCCGAAUGUCCUUUACUGCAGGAAGAAAUCGAGAAAAAGUUCCCAAAGAAGCGGCUGAUUAUUCCAAAGGAAGCCGGAUUGGCAGUUCUGCAAGGCGCAGUCAUAAAUGGCCACGAGCUAGACGCUAUUACUGAGCGUAUCAGUCGUUUAACGUACGGGGUUGGAACCAAUAUGCCAUUUGAUUCAAAAAUUCAUGACGAAAGCCGCAAAUUCACUGAUGAAGGUAAGACACUUUGCAAUGGGUGUUUUUGUGUACACGUAAAACAAGGAGAGCAGGUGCCCGUUGGACUGAUCGGAAGUACUGAGCGAUACUGGGUAAUGGAAAAAGACCAAACAAAACUCCCUGUCCUGGUAUACACAUCCAAAAACCCCAAUCCGACUUAUAUUGAUGAGGACGAUUGUGAAAACAUUGGCGAAUUUAUAGUAGAAAUGACCAACACAGACAGAGGGUUACACCGAGGUGUCGACGUAGAGUUUACUUUUGGGGGAGCAGAGAUCGAGGUCACCGCGUACGACAUACAUUCCCGAGAGGAGCAUAAAGCCUAUUUCAACUUUUUGGGCUAG